AUGAUCGAAGGGAAUAAAAGACUGGGUCCUUGCGCACGGGGUGAUGGAGGUGGUGGUGGUGGUGGUGGUGGUGGUGGUGGUGGUGGUGGUGGUGGUGGUGGUGGUGGUGGUGGUGGUGGUGGUGGUGGUGGUGGUGGUGGUGGUGGUGGUGGUGGUGGUGGUGGUGGUGGUGGUGGUGGUGGUGGUGGUGGUGGUGGUGGUGGUGGUGGUGGUGGAGAUGUUGGAAGAGAGGAAGAGCCUAUGCUCCGCAGCGGCGUGCAUAGGGGAGAGGAUCCAUCCGUGCACUCUUCCCCACCCCCAGUCCCCUUACCCUGGUCGCUUCCCCAACUUCCUCACUCCCCCUCCUCCCCUCCCACCUCCCCUCCCCCAACUCACCCCCCAGCCCAUGCUGUGCAGCGGCGUGCAUGGGGGAGAGCAUCCAUCCGCGCAUUCUUCCCCGACCUCCCUUAG